AUCCGUCCCUGCCUUUCGUUCUUACCACUGACACGAGUCAGUAUGGCAUAAGUGUUGUUUUAUAGCAAAACAAUGACAAUGGAUAUAGGCCCGUAGAGUUCAUGUCCGCCAGGAUGCCUUUAGAGAAGGUGGCGACAUCCACCUAUGAGAGGGAACUCUACGCUCUCAGGCAAGCAUUAGAUCACUGGAAGCACUACUUGCUUGGGAGGCACUUCAAACUCUAUUCAGACCACGAGACUCUACGGUGGUUGAAGACGCAGGCCAAGAUGACACCUAAGCUUACUAGGUGGGCCGCUGAGUUAGAUCAGUACGACUUUGAACUUAAGCCUGUUAAAGGGAAGUACAAUGUAGUAGUGGACGCUCUGAGUAGGAGAGCUGAUUACUUUGGGGCAAUAGUUUACUAUCUGGAUAUAGGGAGAGACCUGCAGCAGAAAGUUAGAGAGGCAUAUGCAGAGGACCCUAUCUAUAGUGACCUCCUCAAGAGAGUUAGGGAGGCCCCAGAGUUCGAACCAGACUACCGCACUACUGAUGGCUUAUUAUUCGAGAAGACUAAUGUAGUUGACCGCCUGUGCGUUCCCAACAGUGAAGAGAUCCGUAGUUUGAUCUUAGGGGAAUGCCAUGAUACAGAGGGACACUUUGGUUGGCAAAAGACACUAGCUAACCUCAUGCGUGCGUACAUCUGGCCUGGUAUGAAGGCGGACUUUAUAGAGUAUGUCCGGAGUUGUAAAGUCUGUCUGCGGAACAAGACUACUACACGAACCCCUCUUGGUCUUCUCAGACCAUUGCGUAUUUCAGACAGAACCGGAGAUUCUGUGUCCAACGACUUUAUGGAUACUCAGACCAGUGAAGUCAUGGUCAUAGUAGAUAGACCUAGCAAGUAUGCAGUUGUUGUUCCUUUGCCUGCAGAGGCACGCACAGACUUAGUAGUUGAAAAGUUUUUUGACCAUUGGGUCAGUGAGCAUGGUAUACCGCUGUUGAUAGUUAGUGACAGGGAUACCAGAUUCACUAGUCAGAACUGGCAGGAGCUGAUGAAAGUCUAUGGCUCAAAGUUGUUGAUGUCAUCUGGUCGUCAUCCUGAGACUAACGGCCAGACUGAACAGAUGAACAAACUCCUGCAGCAAGUUCUUAGAAUGUACAUUAGGCCCGAUCAGAUCAACUGGGAUGAGAUGCUCACAAAGGUAGCCAGUGCCUACAAUAAUAUUGUGCACUUAUCUACGUGUCGCACUCCCAAUGAAUUGCACAAGUCCUUUAGACCGCGCAGACCAUUUGAAGGACUUAACCGGGAUCAGAUUCAGAGGCUACCGCCCGGUACACGAGAGUUCACGAUACAGCACGAAAAAGCGAUAGCUACCGUAGUUGACAACCUCAGGAAAGCCCAGCACAGAAUGAUAGAGCAAGCUAACAAGCACCGUCCCCCCUCACAGUUUCAAGUAGGCGACUUAGUCUGGGUCAAGUCAAAAGAGUUUGCUCCUGAGGAGACCAUCUCACAGAAGUUGUUACCUGCGUAUAGAGGACCGUGGCCAGUCCUAGAAGUCAACUGCGGAGAGGAUGGACUGUCCUAUACUGUCGAGAUUCCAGCACACCUCGACACCUACCCAGUGUUCCAUGCGUCAAAGCUGUUGCCUUGCGUCACAAGUCAACAGUUUCCAUCUCGCAGAUCUAUGAUUCCUCCAGAUAUGGAGGUAGAGGUCGUCCACAAAAGCAGUAUGAACAUGGGUAGCUCCAAGGCAGGCAUGGUGGGUUCCAAGGCAGGCAUGGGGGGCUCCAAGGCAGGCAUGAGGGGUUCCAAGGCAGGCAUGAGUGGUUCCAAGGCAGGCAGAGGGGGUUUCAAGGCAGGCGCGAGGGGUUCCAUGGUGGGUAUGGGGGACAGUGAUGGAGAAAUGGAGAUCAAACUGGUCCCGAAGUACCUAGAGAGCUUAUUGGGCUCCGAACGGGGCCGAGAUUUGCGGAUAGACGUGCACCCUUGGAAGCCAUGGGUGCUGUUCACACAUGACGGGAGAACAGUGCAGAUAUGGAACUAUGAAAAUAGGACACUGGUUGCCUUUUGGCGAGUCCGCAAGGGGCAUGAUGCCCGGGAAGCUAAAUUCAUAGCGCAGAAAGAUUGGAUUGUAGUGAGGCAUUCCCAGGGUUUUGUUGUGUACGAAAUUGAUGCUUCGGACCUCCCGCGUAUCACAGCAGGCACGGAAUCGUACGAAAGAGAGGCUCUAGACUUCCCAAUCGUCGCAGCACAAGACACACCGUUUGUGAACAAGAUGGCAGUCCAUCACAGUUUGCCGUAUAUAUUGACAGGUUGUGCGAGCAUUUCGUUAUGGAAUUGGGAGCGGGAAUGGGAACUGACUACAUUCAGGGGUCACACUCAACCGGUAACCGACGUGACAUGCCAUCCGACGGAUUCGUUUGUCCUCGCAAGCGCCUCGUACGAUGGCACGGUCAAAGUAUGGGAUAUGGAAAGCAAGUCUGUUAUGCGAACCCUUCAAGGUGAUGGCAUGAAGAGGGCUAAUGCGGUCCAAUUCUGCACCGGGCAGGAGAAGAAGCUGCUCGUGUCCACAACAAACUGUUUGGAACCCUUCGCACGGGUCUGGGACUACGAGAGCGGCGUUUGCGUCGCCAAACUACAAGGGUCCGGGAUCGCCUUCUCCUUCUUCCAUCCGCACUUGCCGUACAUUUUUACGGCAGCAAAGAGUGGAGAAGUCAAAUUGUGGAGAGAGUCAAAUUAUGAGCUGGUGUCAUCCCAUUAUCCCAGAACCAGCACGGCGCAUGGUUCUGUUGUGGGGAUAACUCCAUGCAAGAGUUCCAACAUGCUCAUUCUUGGGCUACGAGGACGGUUCUCAGUAGUUGAGAUCCAAGUCGCAGCAAAUGAAAGCAUGAGAAAGGAGGGACAGAGACAGAGGCCGGGAGAGGAAUGUGUUUCCACGAAAGAUGUCCUCAUAGAGACCCCUUUCAGUGUCAUUGAUGGGCCACCAGGAGGGGUGCUAGGAAAGAAUGGUAUGGGGGAGAUGGGGAAUCUGGUUGGCGAUGCCAAGCUGAAAAUCAAGAUGGAAGAAGAAAUCCAUGUCCACACACCUCUCAGCAGCGCCAUUGAUGAACCGGGAUUGGUGUUAGGAAACAAUAAUAUGGAAGAGUUAGAGAACCAGGCAGUGAGCGUCAAGAUAGAAUCCGAGAGGGAGAUGGAGCUGACGAUGAUCGAUAUGGAGCAGCUACAAUGCCGGAGACCAGUUGACGGUUUCAAAGCAGGGUGUCGUCAGAACGAUGUGGAGAGACUCCAGGCGAAGAGGAUCCAGCAACUAGAGGAGGAGGUCUUCACGGUGAUUGAUAUGGAGCAGCUACAGUGCAGGAGACCGCUUGACGGUUUGAGAGCAGAGUAUCGCCAGAACGACGUGGAGAGCAUCCAGGCGAAGAGGGUUGGGCAACUAGAUGAGGAGGUGUUGACGGUGAUCGAUGUGGAGCAGCUGCAAUGCAAGAGACCGCUUGACAGUUUGAGAGAAGAGUAUUAUCAGAACCAUGUGGAAAGCGCCCAGGCAAAGAGGGUCCGGCAACUAGAAGAGGAGGUCUUGACUUUGAAGGAAGAGAGAGAGGAGGUGGGAAGAGAACUCGACAAAUUCAAGGUGAUGAAUCAGCAGUUGCAGGUCGCCUUGCUCAAGGAGGUCGCAAAGCAAAUGAGAUCGGACGAAUCGUCGGCAGCACGACUCACAAAGCCGGCGGAGGUCGCUAGGCGAAUAAGGUCGGAUGAAUCGACAGCCACACGACUAGCGAAGCCUGUCCAACAGCUGAAGGAAAUUGAACUGAAAUGGAAGAAAGCGCACGACUAUUUGAAAGGAGAGUAUCAGAUCAAAGAGAGAAUUCAGGCAAAGUUGGUCCAGGAGCUAAAAGAUAAGGUCCAGAAUCUCAUGGCAGAUAGACAAGCAGUGGGAAGAGAGCUUGAAAACUUCAAGGUGAGAAGCGGCAAGUGGGAACAAAUUGCGCGAAAGGAGGUCGAUGAGCGACAGGUGUCGACUGAGUCAAAACCACGACUAUCGAAGAGGGUCCAGGAGCUGAAGGAUGAUAAUGUCCGAAAUGCUUUGGCUGAUAGGGAAGCAGUGGAGAAAAAAGACCUUGAAAACUGCAAUCGGAUGAAUGGGAAGCAGCAACGUAUAAAGCAGCCGAAGGGAAAGGAUGUCAAUGAGCGACAUAUAUCGAGCGGAUCGAGACCACGAUUAACGAAGAGAGCCCUAGAGCUGGAGGCCGAGAAAGAGAGACAGGUUGGCGCGCGGAAGAGACUCAAGCUGAGGAUUCGAGAACUUGAGUAGGGAUGUUUUGAAAAACAUAUCCAGCGGCGAUGAUUUGAAAACUGCUUGCCGUGGUGGAGACCAUCAGACAAAGAAAGACAACUUUGAUUUCUCUCAAAGUUUUCCCUCAAAUAGUCCAUGAUGCCAAACAGAAAGACAACUUCGAUUUCGAAAGGAAGUGCAGCGAUGGAGGUUGUCACCGACGUGUUUACCGGGGUAAACUGCAUGAUGGUUCUUCUGUUUGAGCUGCAGUUCGCAGGAAGAGGUCGAGAUUGCCGAGUUGAUGACAGAGCUGGUGGAUAGGAUGAAGAUGCUGCGGCACUCCUGUCUGCUAUCAGCAGAGAGAGAGAGAGAGAGAGAGAGAGAGAGAGAGAGAGAGAUGCAAAGGACGCUCGCAUCUAGAUCUUGCUUGGUCAAGGGAUAGCUAGCGCUUGGAAGUCAAAUGGUGAGCGCUUAUGAUUGGUUUGGGUUGGAAAUCAAACAGGAAAGCAACU